UCCCUCUUGUGUUCGUCGCUGUCGUCCGCUCGAGAGUUUUGCUCCUCUGCUUUUAAUUUGCAGAUUGUGGAUGCAGUGAAAGCCAUCAGCAGCCAGUAGGUACAGGAAAGUUUCUUUAUCCGUUUGGAAAAAACAGAAAAAUGGCUGGUGUAGUUCAGGACUGCUUCUCCAUCGGAAGUACCGUGGCCUGUACAACGUGCUACAAUCAGAACAUCGAAGGCGAAGUGUUGGCCUUCGAUCAACAAACUAAAAUGUUGAUCCUGAAAUGUUCGUCUGCCAGCAACACUUCAAAGUUGAACGAUGUGUACAUUCUCAAUUUGGCGCUCUGUAGCGAUGUCCAGGUCAAAAAGGAAGUUAACUCUAUACCUGAUCCACCACAGUCAUUGAAUCUACAACGCCUAAGCACACGAGUACGGAAUCAAGUAGAACAGAAGAAGCGGCAAGUUUCGGCGCUGGCUGCCGGAGUCAGUCAGGAAGGUCAGAAUCUGUUCCUGGCCAUAGCACGAACUAUCAACCAGGUAUCGUGGCAAGGACCUAACAUAGUUGUGUUUCAAGACGUUACCAUUACACCUCCCUACAAAGUAGAUAAUGUAAACGGAUCACCCGAAUCACGACAGUUGACCUACGUGAAAAAAAUAGUUGAAAAGCACGUUAACGAUCAGGCCUCGGCGACUUCAAAUAUACCUUCGGCAACGGUGUCUGCCAAAUAGUGAUGCAAUGAGAAUUUGUUUGUUUGUUUGAAGAUGAAGAGAAUAGAAUCAUUAGCCUAGAAUUUCUGGUUCACUAUGAAAAGGUCAAUCGAGCAACCGCAAAAACCAACACAUCAAAACAAGUUAUUUGGUGACCAUCCGCUAAAACUCUAAAAACUUCAAUAGAAAUCGGACAUCAUAGUUCUCAUCAGUAUCAAUGACAGCCAAUAAAUUCAACUAUUAUCAAACAAA